GGUAAUCAAGUAAUGUAUUUGGGGAAAAAUGAGGAAAACAGAUUUGCAAUUAACGGUAAAACAGGCGCUUUUCUUCCAUAUCAUCUAUCAAAUUUCUAUCGUUCUGAAGAAAAUAAAAUUGAGAUCCAUUAUCCCUCUUCAACCCCACAAUCAACCCUCAUUAGGGCUUUUCGGUUGAAGGGGCACAAAUUAACUUAAUUCAAGUUCUGGUGUCCGUUGAUGAUAAGAAGGUUUGACCUGCAACUUAUCGUUUAAAAUGGGGCAACGGAACAUGGUGUACACCGGUCCAAUGAUCGACAAUGAAAUUGAACAUGCCCACCUUCAUCCCGAGCCUUGUGCAAUUCCUUAUAAUCAAAUAACAACUUUUCCUCUUCCCAACGAUCAUCAUCUACCAGUUCCACCACCAGGAAUCACGUUCAUGGCAGCUCCACCACCAGGUGCCAGAGUGAUUCCGAUUCCUGUUCCAGUUCCUGUUCCCGGUCUUCAUAAUCAAUUAACAUUCCCCAGUAAUCACGGAUUCCAUGGUCCAUUCAAAGGAAAGAUCACCGAAGUCUUCCCUGUUAACUUUCAAUACUUUUACCCUUCACCUACCUCAAAUCCCUUCAUGGUUCCAGAUUACAAUAUUACCCCUGUCAUCAUGCCACCUGGACACCAGCACCACCGUGGUCCAAUCACCCAUGGGGUGGUUCCUGGCCCUUGGUUAGACCAGCCCUUUUGCAGCAAUCCCCCCGGAAUCCCUUUUAUUCCAGGAUAUACAAAUAGAGCUCCGGUGACAUUUGUUCAUCCUCCAGUUCCAUCUCAUCAACAACCGCCACCUAUGCCGCCACUUCGCGCCACCAUGGACUUCCACCCUCUUCAAAACGGGGUAGAAUUUGUUCCAAGAUUCGUGGGUCCCGCACCACAAUUCGGUGUUAGGGUGUUCCCGCCACAUCAGCUCGAGUCAACUUCAAGACCACGUGGUUUUCCACAUUUAAGAGUUCUUCCUGAAGAUGGUGUUGCGAUGCUUGAUAUUUCUAAUUAUGGACGUAGAGUUGAUCAUCAUAGAGAUAUGCGUAUGGAUAUCGAUCAUAUGUCUUAUGAGGAGCUUCUUGCAUUAGGUGAGCAGAUUGGGAAUGCUGGAUCGGGAUUAUCAGAGGAUUUUAUUUCAGGUUAUUUGAAAACAAGGGUAUUUAUGUCUUCUAAGUUGGAAGUUGUUUCAUCUCCUGAUCAAGAACUUAGUUUCUGCACAAUUUGUCAGAUGGAAUACAAUGAUCAAGAAAGAAUCGGAAUGCUGGAUUGCAGCCAUGGAUACCAUGUGGACUGCAUCAAGAAAUGGCUAACCGUUAAAAACACAUGCCCGGUUUGCAAAUGCACAGGGCUGACUGCACAAGGAAACCGUGAAAACUCUUAGGCAUGUUUAUUUUUUAUUUUUCUUAUUAAAAGAAAAUGAAAAUUAUGGUAAAUAUCAAAAGUUAAGUAGACUGGUGAUGUUUAUGUUAUAUAUAAACUACAAAUAGGGAAUUAGACCUAUUCGGUUGCUUUUGUUGUUGUUUUAUGAGACGCGACUGUUUUUUUUUUUUUUUUUUUUUUAAAGAAAAAAGAAACCGUUUUGUAAGCUCUCAGAA